GGUCCAAACGUCAAUCUGCAGGGUCCUGCAGCCGACUCAUGCACCUAGCUAUUUGCGGCAUGGUGGUACUGGCGCUGGUUCGGCUGGUUGCUGGCUGCUGGCUUUGGCCCCAUCCAGGACCCCUGCACCGGCCCUCUCUCCGCAGUACGACAGCGAAGCCCUGCUUCUAUGACGUCGCCCCCCCUCCUGACGUCACCGCACCGAGAGCCUUGGAAAAAAAAAACAUAGGCGACGGGCGUGCAUGGGACUGGUAUCACCACUUACAUCAUACUCCGCCCUCGCUUGCCGUUGUUUUGCAUCAUCGACAAUCCUUCGGGUGCAUUCCGUCGGACUAGCUCAUCCUAGAUUCCGUUUCCGACCCAGGCCCAAUCACCCCGUGGGUGAGGCGGUCGGUUUUCCUCUCCCGAUUCCUGUCUGGAACAGGCGCACACAUCAUGAUGUCGCGCAUCUGUCAUAUCUAUGCAUUCUGCGGGGUUCCUGCGCGAGAAUUUGCGGAAGACGGGGGUUUCGCUUGGGGAUCGGGUCAUCGAGACCGGAAACUCGGCAGAAAAUAAUAAAAACACUGCAUCAAAACAAGGGCGGGAUUAGUGAAUCGGGUCUAAACGCAUAUUUCUUUUCUCGUUUACGUCACCGAGGAUAUUUCCUAGGGGAAAAGGGGCGGAUGGGAGAGACCCCUUCAAUUCCGGGGGCUAUAGACUGGGGGAAAUCAAAAAUUGCCGGCAUCAGAUCAGCGACUACGCAUAUUUGCUUCGUAUCGCCUGCUUUCUUCUUCUUCUUCCUCUUCGUUAUCUUCUCGCAUCCGCAGUUCACUAAAUGUACCACUAGCCAACCCCGUGUAUACAAAUUUGUAAGCUCGCCGCCAGUGAGCGUCCGUGUUGGUCACCACCUGUACUAUUAUACUGGGAUUGGAGCGGCUGCCACUAUAUUGCUAUCACGCGAUCGUUGUUAGCCCAAGGAGAGAUGGUGAUAUAUCCCGUUGCCGAGGAGAGAGGACAAGAGAGAGGACAAGAGAGGGGGGGGGGUGGUAGGAAUGUCCCCGGACCCGGCUCCGGCGCCGGGGCGCAAAAGAGGUGAUGGGAGGAAAGGGAGGGAGAGAGGACAUAUAGACGACAGAAAUGACACUUCGCGCGAGGGGGCUUAGCUAAUUACUACAUACCUUCGGGACCCCUACCCGCCCGGCGGGCAUAGUAAUAAUGCUAAUGAUGCUACCUAGAACCUCUCGGAUCUUGAUUACUGGUGACGGAUCUGGUU